GGCUCCGGGAGCGGCCGCGGAGGCCUCGCCCGCGGGCCCCGCGCCCUGCCCGGGCAUGAGGCGGGGACGGGGACGCUGCCAACCGCUUCUGCGGGGAGAAGGGUCUCUGGGGGCCUCUUUCCCUAGCCAGGGUCUGAUGAGGAGAAAGGAAAAACCUGGGAAUUUCUUCAAAUGAUCUGAGCAGGUUUUGUAUCAGAUGAAUAUCUGCAACAAACCUCAUAACAAGAUCGCUCCGGAGGAUUUGGAUGAAGCUGUCCCCGAGGUGCAGGUGCAGCGUGCUCGAAGAAAUGGCUGGAGCUGGCCCCUGCACCUGUUCCAGGUUAUUGCCUGGCUGCUGUACCUCUUCUUCGCACUGGUUGGCUUCGGAAUCCUGGUUCCUCUGCUGCCCCGCCACUGGCUGCCCGCUGGCUACAUCGGGUCUGUAUGGACUAAGAAAUGUGCACCUAUGUCAGCAGGGUCAGAGUCUGUCUCCAUUGACCCUGCGGAUGCAAACGUGCGAGAAAAAAACUAUCUGGGGCCUCUGGCCACCUUCAAUCGUAACCAGCAUGCACAUGUCAUUGAAAACCAUCACUGCCAUGUCUGUGACGUGGAUGUGAGUGCCAAGUCAAAGCACUGUGGAACUUGCAACAAGUGUGUGUGUGGCUUUGAUCAUCACUGCAAAUGGCUCAACAACUGUGUGGGAGAGAGGAAUUACUGGCUCUUUUUGAACAGUGUUCUGUCUGCCAUCCUGGGCCUGGGGCUUCUGCUGCUCGUUGCUUUCUACGUCUUUGUGGAGUUCUUCGUCGACCCCACGAUGCUCCGCUCGGACCAGCACUUUGAUGCUCUAAGGAAUCACAUGGACCGCUGGCUUGUGUUUCUUCCUGCAUCUCCUGUUGAGACCAAGGCACCUGCCAUUUUGGUCACAGCUGGGAUUUUUAUUCUUCUGAGCCUGGUGACCGUGAUCCUGCUGGGCCACCUCUUGACCUUCCACAUUUAUCUCUUGUGGCACAAACUGACGACCUACGAGUACAUCCUGCAGCAGCGGCCCCAGCAAGAGGCAGAGAAAGUGGACAAGCAACAGGAGUCCUGCUCCUCCCAAGUGAGGCCCAGUCAGGAAGCAGACCUAUUGUCAGGUAACCCUGGCUAUACAGACCCUGGAAUACAAGCAGUGGAAUUCUCAACAGUAACUCCAGGAAAAGGCUUUCCCAAGCUCUAUGGCCACAGCAGAGGAGGUGACCCCGAGCAGAGCUCCUCCCCAGAGCCCCCAGCUCUCCUCUUUGCAGCCCCUUCUCAGCAACAGAAGAAAAGAAGAAAGAAGAUGCACAAAGGUUCUUCCUCAGCAAUGGACAGUGGAUCUAAAGAACAUGCUGCACCUCAGCCCUCGUUCCCAGAUCCCCACUCAGACAACCCCAGAGGGGACAGGAAGAAGAACCUGUAUUCUGAGCACAAGGUGAAAAGGAGAGGCUGCCAGCAGGACAGACACGUGGAACAAGACCUGAAACUUUUCUCCAAGGUUCCUGAUGUGUUUGUGAGUAAGAGCAGUGGAGAACCUCUUGUCCCUCAGCUCCAGCCCAGGGAGAGCACAACCGAACCUGACCACAGAAAAUGCACCAGCAAGCAGCACGUGAGCAGACACCACCCCUGCUCCAAGGACAUAAGGACAAGCACCACAGCGGCCUAGGGAUCAGCCUUCCAAAGCCACAGCCUUUGGGAACGGUGUUAGCUUUGUGUAGAGGCCUGAGGGGCUCAUCCCUCACUCUGCAUGUGCUGUCAGGCUGCAGUGAGACACUUCUCACCCUCAGCCAAAGGCAAGAGGCAGCGAGGUGGCAAACCUAAGGUAGACCUGUUGCUCUUGAGAGAGUUCCAGUGCUUUCCUUGGGAAAGGGCUGAUCCCCCCUGGCCCUCUGCACACUGGAACUGCAGGGACUGCCCGGGAGACUGUGUGGGGAAGAACCAGGCUGCAUCUCUGCUCUUCCCUGCACCCUGAAAUCUGCAUUUCCCAUCUGCCUAAACCCUGUCAGUCUUUGGAUCAUGCUCAGAGGCUUCAGCAGGUGGUCAGGGAGUAACCUCAGGAUUGCCCCAUCCCUACACCGCUUUCCACUGUGCCCCCUCAAGCCAAGUCCACCACCAGCAUGUUCUCUGUAAGGCAAUUUAGUUCGACCUGCUCCCCCUUCCCAGCAGCCUGGGGUGCCCCACAGUGCAGCCUUCUCAUAGCAGAAGCUUUGGGAUACAGCAAGUCCUGAAACCUUUCCAUUUCCCGGGCUGCCAGAUCUGCGUUAGAGCCCAGCCAAGCCUUGGUUG